AUGUCUUCAACUACCAAUCAGAUGAAAUACGUGCGUUUGGGCAACUCGGGUUUGAAAGUAUCCCGCUUGAUCCUAGGAUGCAUGAGCUACGGCUUGAAAUCCUGGCAAGGCUGGGUGAUCGAGGAGAAAGAGGCCAUUGAACAAAUCAAAGAGGCAUACAGGCUUGGAAUCAACACAUUCGACACCGCCAACUUUUACUCCCUAGGCGAAUCUGAGCGCAUCCUGGGUAAAGCAAUCAAAGAAAUUGGGGCCCCGCGCUCGUCCUUUGUCAUUCUGACCAAAGUCGGACUCCCAACCCCACCAGACGGUGCUUCCAAAGAACUUCUCGAUACCUUGGGUGCUUCUGAUUAUCACAACCACAAGGGCCUCUCCAGGAAGCAUAUCUUCGAAUCGAUCAAGGCUAGCCUUGAGCGUCUUCAGCUAGACUAUGUCGACGUGUUCCAGUGCCAUAGGUUUGACCCAGAAACUCCCAUCGAGGAAACGAUGCAGGCGUUGCACGACGUCGUCAAGGCUGGCUACGCGCGCUACAUCGGAAUGAGCUCGUGUGCGGCCUGGCAGUUCCAUAUGAUGCAAAACUAUGCAAUUACGAACAAGCUGACGCCGUUCAUCUCGAUGCAAAACUACCACUCUCUGUUGUAUCGUCAAGAAGAGGACGAGAUGCUACCAACGUGCAAGCUGUUUGGCGUCGGUACAAUUCCCUGGUCCCCUCUUUCCAGAGGUCUCCUCACUCGUCCAAGGAAAGAUAAAGAUUCAACGAUACGAUCCAAGACAGACCCAUACACUCCCGGUCUACAGAGUAAUGAAGAUCCCAACCUCCUCAUCAUUGAUCGCGUUGAAGAGCUGGCAAAAAAGCGAGGCGUUACCAUGGCGGAAAUAUCUCUGGCCUGGCUAAUUUAUACGAAAGACCCCGUCGCCGCGCCCAUAGUCGGGACAACCAACAUCAAGCAUCUUGGAGACAUGAUCAAAGCACUCGACCUCACACUCGAGCCGAGUGAGAUCAAGUACUUGGAAGAGCUCUAUACACCAAAGGCCCAAGUUGGCUACUGA